AUGUGCUUAUCGAAUUUGACGUCGAUGACGAUUGUGGACGACGAUGUGGCCGACGCGAUCGCUAAGCAGUCUGCCAGGCAGUCUGCCAGGGAGAAGACCCAUUCUUUGAAGCUGUUUCUAAAGAAGGAGAACGAUGCUGAUAUGCUUUAA